CCGGAAGUAGCUCUAAACCAAUCAGAUUUUGCAAAGCGUCCUAAGCUGACGUCAGCCCGGUACCGAUGAACAACCGGUAGCGUUGGAGAGAGCUGUAUGGUAGCCUGUUGUUUGUAUCUUUGUCUGCUAAUCCCCUGUCAAACGUCCAAACAUCAUGCCUUUCGAUGUUAGGAGAUUCGAUAUCUACAGGAAAGUGCCAAAAGAUCUCACCCAGCCCACAUACACGGGAGCUUUCAUUUCCAUUCUCUGCUGUGUCUUCAUACUCUUCCUGUUCCUGUCUGAGCUGACGGGAUUCAUAGCCACAGAAAUUGUAAAUGAACUGUAUGUGGAUGAUCCUGAUAAAGACAGUGGUGGGAAGAUAGAAGUGAGUUUAAACAUCAGUUUGCCAAACUUACACUGUGAUUUGGUGGGUUUGGACAUCCAGGAUGAGAUGGGCCGCCACGAGGUCGGUCACAUAGACAACUCUAUGAAGAUUCCUCUCAAUCAGGGGGACGGUUGUCGCUUCGAAGGGGAGUUCACCAUCAACAAAGUACCAGGAAACUUCCAUGUGUCGACACACAGCGCUACAGCGCAGCCCCAAAGCCCAGACAUGACCCACAACAUCCACGUGCUGGCAUUUGGAGAAAAGCUCCAGGUACAAAAAGUACAAGGAGCCUUUAAUGCUUUAGGAGGAGCUGACAGGCUGUCGUCUAAUCCUCUGGCGUCACACGACUACAUACUGAAGAUUGUUCCAACAGUGUAUGAAGACCUGUCGGGCAAAAAGAGGUUCUCCUACCAGUACACGGUAGCAAACAAGGAGUACGUUGCUUACAGCCACACAGGCAGGAUCAUCCCGGCCAUCUGGUUCCGAUACGACCUCAGUCCGAUCACCGUGAAGUACACAGAGAGAAGACAGCCCUUCUACCGCUUCAUCACAACCAUCUGUGCCAUCGUCGGCGGGACGUUCACAGUGGCAGGAAUCAUCGACUCCUGUAUAUUCACAGCUUCAGAGGCCUGGAAGAAGAUCCAGAUAGGGAAAAUGUCAUGAGGACCGCUCCCCACCGCUCCCUACGUCUCCCUACGUCUUAUUUAUAAGUGCAAAGUUAGCCUGUUAGCUACAUCCAAUCCUGCUCGAACCCCUCCUUCCUUUUUGAAGAUUGUAUCAUCGCGACCACUGGAAGUGGCUCCGGGCGGCACUCGAUCUAACUACCAGGCUACACGGCUGCGUCUCAGUUAUUGAAGCUCCUCUCCGGCUCCGUCUGCUCUGGUGACGUGUGGACGCUGACGAUCACAUGACCGCUUCCUCUGUCUUCAAAGGAGACGGGAGAGGAGAGGAAAGCUCUUUUGUUACUGUUUAGAUGAAGUACUAUGUGUCAGGAUUCAACCAGUAUGGGUAUUUGAAGGCUGCACUUAAAAUGAAGUAAAAAAACAAAAACAAAACACUAAACAAAAAGAUGAUCUUUGUAUUGAUAUUACAUUUUUUUUUUUAAAUGGUGCCAGCACCAUGUUACAUAAAUCUCCACAUAUAUUCAAUCAUAGGGAAGUUUUCAAGUUAUGGCUGAAUGAUUUACAAACGAGACAUACCUAAAGGAUUUUUUUUUUUUUUAAAGGAUCAUUUCUGCCAGUUCAACCAGUAUGUCGGUCUAACCGUACUGUGUUUGUAUCCCCAAUACCCCAAGAAGGAAUUUGAUUGAAGUGUUCGAGUUUAUUAAGCCUGUGCUGUAUAUGAUACUGGACUGAACUUUAAAGUGUUUCCGUAAGUCACACUGUCCAUAAAAUGUUGCAUCAUGGGACAUACUUUUCCCAGCACAUCUUAUUUUUAUCUCCAGUAUUCAAACUGUGCCUUUAGGUUAACUCGUACACCACAGAGCAUUAUGAUCAUGUGUUUGUUUCAGUGGCUGCCACUAAAACCACCGUUACAACUUUCUGUGCAGAUUCACUUCUUUCAAUACAGUGAUCAUUGUUUAACCUUUCAGUCAAUUUAUACCAAACAUUUCAUCAACGUCCCAGUUUUGAUCUUCACCAUUCCGUUUGAAUUGCAAAAGAAAUCCAGUGAAUGUCUUGUGUGUUUUUUUUUUUUUUAUGAAAUCAAUUGAUUUAUUUAGAUUCUUUUUUUUAAUUUUAAUUUUUACACGGUAUGUGAACCUGUUUACUUAUUGAGUUAUGUCAUUAAGUCAUGAAUUGUAAAGGUUUGGUUUUGUAAAGGAGAGAACUUGUAGGCCAAGAUGUUUUUUCCUCUUUGGUCAUUUUUCUUUCUUUUAUACUGUUGAAUAAAAGACGUCUCUGAUGGACAGUGAUGAUCACGCCCUCAGAAACGGGUCUUUCUACUGUUAAGUUGAACUACUUCCUGUUUCGUCUCAAAUUACUCUGUAAUGCUACGUGUUCCUUAAGUAAAGGUGCCAUAGAAACCAU